UUCCGGUGCGGUCGAAAGCUGCGCUCGGUCUCUUUUGCAGUUAGUCACAGUGUGAGGGACAGAGGGGGGAAAAAAAAAAACGAGAGUGCUGUCGCUUUAUGGAGUUAACGGGCAGGUGCUGAUGGAUUUGCUGAAGAUUUGCAGCAUUUUCUGAUUCUGAUUAUUACCCAAGUCUCUGAAGGAGGGCAGAGCUGUGCUUCGAUGUUGUCACACUGAUUCUUGCAAGGACCAGCACUUCAUCUUAGCCAUGGCUCAGAUCCUCCAUCUCGAGAUUCCAAAUUUUGGGAACAAUGUCCUGGGAUGCCUGAACGAACAGCGGUUAAUGGGGUUGUUCUGCGAUGUCUCUAUCGUUGUCAAAGGUCAAUCCUUCAAGGCACACCGUGCCGUGCUGGCUGCCAACAGCCUUUAUUUCAGGGACUUGUUCAGUGGCAACAGCAAAAGUGCAUUUGAGUUGCCCGCCAUGGUGCCGCCUGCCUGCUUUCAGCAGAUCCUUUCCUUUUGUUACACCGGCAAGCUCACCAUGGCAGCUAGUGAGCAGCUGGUGGUGAUGUAUACAGCAGGCUUCCUGCAAAUACAACGUAUUGUCGAGAAAGGAACCGAACUGAUGUUCAAAGUGAGUUCCCCGCACUGUGACUCUCAGACCACCUCCAUUGAAGACACUGGCUCUGAACCGCAGAGUCCUUGUCCCCUACAGCCACCUGCCACUCCAACUGUUGUAUCUCCAGCUUUGCCCAUUCCGUUGCUGUCUCGAGUGAAGAGUGAACACUGCGAGCAAGAUCUGACAGCGCCUGGCAUUUAUACCCUUGCAACAAAGCGCUCACUGGAAGUCAACCUGCGUGAGAGUGCCAGUCACCUAAACUGUGCAACACCUUUGAAAUUGCCCAGAGUUUCCUAUCCUGGAUCCUGGGGAGCCACAUCUUUUGUGCAGCCAGUAACCUAUGUUCAAGCAGAGCGCACAAGCCCAGGUGGAAGCAGUAAUCAGACCACAGACAGUCCAACGUCAUACCAUAAUGAGGAAGAGGAUGAUGAUGAUGAAGCAUAUGAGACUAUGGGAGAAGAUCAGUAUGGACAGAUGUAUAUCAAGGCAUCAACAGGAUAUCCUGCUCAAGAGAAGGUUGGGCAGCUGGCAAACCAGAUGACAGUAGAAAAUCGUUCCUGUGUGCUUGUUCGUCGUGAUUUGGUUGCACUCCCUGCUAGUCUCAUCAGUCAGAUUGGCUACAGGUGUCACCCAAAGCUAUACUCUGAGGGUGAUCCUGGUGAAAAGCUUGAACUUGUCUCAGGUUCAGGAGUUUAUAUCACACGAGGUCAGCUGAUGAACUGUCACCUCUGUGCAGGGGUCAAGCACAAGGUCCUCCUCCGUCGCCUGCUUGCCUCAUUCUUUGAUCGCAACACUUUGGCAAAUAGUUGUGGCACAGGGAUUCGAUCCUCCACAAGUGACCCCAGCAGAAAGCCUCUGGAUAGCAGAGUCUUGAAUGCAGUAAAAUUAUAUUGUCAGAAUUUUGCUCCCAACUUCAAAGAAAGUGAGAUGAAUGUGAUUGCAGCUGACAUGUGCACUAAUGCUCGACGGGUUCGCAAGCGUUGGCUUCCCAAGAUCAAAUCGAUGCUGCCUGAUGGGAUGGAAGUAUAUCGCACCGUUAUUGGAGAUGCAAGUGGUGGAAGCAGCUUGGACCCGGAGCUCUAUGGAACUGGGUCAACAUUUGAGCAAAGUAGUCAAACUGAGAAGAGAAAUGAUUCUGGGACUGUACUUGGAGAAAGAGCAAACCCUGUGAGCAUAGACAUGGAGUCCCCCAAAUCUGAGCAGUCAUGUGAACAGAAUGAAAUGGUGGAGUCGGUAAUAAGAGAAGCUGCUGGCGCUAAUAUUUUGCCCCCAGACACACCCAACACAGUCCACACUUUUGAUCAAGAGGACACUUCCUCUAACAAUAGAUCUGAAACACCCAUGAGGAAACUGGAUGGAACGUAUGCAGGGACCUUGUGAAGAUUUCCACUGUGGUCAGAAGGAAGCGCAUCUUGUUAUUUGAAAUGGCUUGCAUGCAUACUAACCCUCUCAACAUUUGGCAGUGUUAUUUAAGCCACUGACCUGUACCUGUUGCCUGAAGACAUAAGUUUUAUUCCAUCUGUAUACGGUAUGCCGUGAAGAAAUGAAGACGCCUUUAUAACACUGAAACAGAUCUUUCCAGUUCAACUUGUCUUGAUGAGAAGACAACAGAAUUUGCAGUCUCUCUGCCCUUUGAAAGGCCCAAACGAGGAGCAACUGGAGUAAUUUGGAAGUUGCCUUUCAAGCUGGUAAACAGUGUCCAGAUCAUUUUAGCACUGUUGGUCCAUUAACAAACUCUUAAAAUGGAACUGACUGCCACAUAGAAAAACACACUAACUGUGGUGAAAAAUGGGAUUGGAAAGUGUAUAAUUUUUAGAGAAAACAAAAUUAUGUUCUCAUCCUGGUCAAUCUGGACAUCAGUUCUCCUCUUCUCAUGUCGCCAUGGCCAAGUAAACUGCUCCAGUGUGUGAUCGCUUAUCUAGCUAGAAUUUGAUAUUUAGAAUAAUCUGACAUUUUUUCAGACAUAUAUAAAUAUAAAAACUGAUGUCAUAAGUGAUUAUGACGCAAGAACUUGUCUUUCAGCUGGUAAGAAGUCAUGAAAGUGUUCUGCUCAUGUAUGCUGGGAAUGUUUUGGGCAUUUUACAGGUCAGAGGGCAGCAGUUUCAGGAAAGCAGCUUGGACUUUAAACCUCCCCUGGUUUGAUGAAGUAAGAAGUAUUUAAUGCGGUGAUGGGGGGUUGAGGUGAGAAAGGUUCAAUCAAAAUCUUAAAAUGAGUGAAGAAUGUGUGACCAAGGGUGUUUGCAUGCUGUGACUAGACUGAUCAUGCUUAAGAUGUAGAUUAUCAUAAAAUAUUUCAUAGAUUGUAAACAUGCAAAACCAUGUGCCUUAGAUAUUUGAUUUAUUCCCUCUUUGGAAAGAAAAAUCCCAUCCUAUUUGAGCUGAUUAUUUUUGUGAAUGUGUAAAAGAUACCCAUAGUAUUUAAGUGACUUAACAGUAUUUAUGUAUAAUACAGAUUUGUUCACUAGUAUGUGAAUUUUCCAAAUAGUUCCUACUUUGUUUGAGCAGCACUGGUAUAAAAACAGUGCUGUUAAUAAGACUGUUAGCUAAAUGCACUUUGCAGAAAAUAUUUUUGUUUUUCUUCUGACCAAACUGAUCAUUCCCUUGACCGAUUAAGUCAUUUUUAAAUAGAAGUCAAAAGUGCCAUUCAACAGCUUGGCCGUAUAACCUUUGCAACUUGAACAUUUUGAGAUACACUGUAACGAUGCACUUUAUCGUACAUGCUAGAAGGUUAUCAAAUAAUUCUGAUCAAUUGUGCGUCCUCUAAUAUAGUUAAUAUUUUCCUACAUUUUAUUUUUAAGGAGGAGUUGCCAAGUUGAUUAAGCAGUAACUAGACUUCUAUCUGCAUUACUAAAAUAGGAACACUUCCUUAGAGUGAAUAACAGUGAUAUCAUUGUCUGAAAUACACCUUCAGAAUGCUGACUCUUCUGCCAUUGGUGCAUUGUCUUACGAUUAUCCUAUCUCUUUCCAAUUCAUGUGCUGGUUACUGAAUAAAAUCAUGGAAUGUAUAAUUUUCUUUCGCCCUAUCCCUUUCUGUAGUAGAUUCAUUAACUUUUUCCUACAUGUAGUCAGUGCUUGUUUCCUUUAUUUUAAAGAAAAACUACCCAUUUUAACACUGGGGUGAUCUCUCCUUAUUAUUUAAUCUGCAAAAACUUCUGUUCGGAAGGUAAAUGGUUAGCUAUUGAUACUUAUACUGCCCAUGUUUGUUGACUCUGUUCGGGACUCGAUAGCUAUGAUCAAACUAAAAUACAUUUCAAGGCUGACUCGUAUUUUUAUGGCUUCCUAGGGGAUUUCUGUCUGCAGGACUUAGUGCAUUUUCUUGUGCUGGUGUCCCAAAGCUACCUCAUUAACAAUCCACCCUGCCCCAUGGCAAGUCUCGUGCCUGAUGCUAGCCCCCACUUGCUGUAGCAGAAGAAUUCACCACUGUCCAGAUAUCCUGGAAUAGACUGGCAUCCGUGGUGCCAUCUUACAACCCUGGCCAAACCGAGUCACGUAUUAGCACUAUGGAGCUGUACAUGAACCCACGCUGUUCAUGGCACAUGGCUGAUACUUGCACAUACAACUCUCCUUUGUUGACUCAGGCCACACAACUUGCCAGUUCUCAGCAAUGUCCCAUCUUACUGCCCUAUCAAAGUCACUGCUACUGUGUCCCCAAAAGCUCACUGAAAAUUAGCAUUUCUUCAUUGUCUAGUAUCAGGCCAUCACAUGACAGCAGCAUUCAAACGAUGCCAAAGGUUAUCUUCUGCUUACAAUCAACAGGCAGCAUUUUACCCCCAAAAUACAAAUGAUUGGUCAAUGAUUGUUAGAUACACUUAGCCCUCGACUACUAGAACUUGUGUGUCGGUCCAAUCCUGUCUGGCUCAACACAGCUGACCUCUGUCAUGUGCAAGGUGAGCCUCCACCUUCUAAAUGUCCUUAUUCUCCUCCAGAGAAAGCUGCUCCCAUUUUCCCAGCUCCUCAACAUUACAAACGUCCCCAGUUUUCCUGCUCCAAAUAUGCAUAGCACAGCAUGCUAUGAUGAUGCAAUGCGCACUGUCCGAAGUACAUUUCAGCCCUUUCACCCCUGCCCCAAAGUUUGUCCCACAACAGAAAUGUGUAUCAGCAGCCCUGGCCGCCACAUUCGUAGUUGAAGCAUAGGUGGGAUUUUAACUGUGCUCUGCAUCAAUUGAAGUGUUCCAAAGAAGUGACAUUAGUCACAUUUGCGGUGGGUAACCCAGUAACCAGGCUUUUAAGGUAUCUGGACCUUCAAACAUGGCAGGAGCAUGAAAAUGUUACAGGAUAUAGGAGUCCUGGGUGCUACCAGGGUAUUGGGUACGCUUCACCAAGAACUGGUAAUGGUGAUCACUGAUCACUUGCAGAUUAAUAGAAGAGGUUCUAUUCCUAUUGAUGAAGUCCACUGCGUUAUGAAAUGGCCGUUUCAGUGUAACAUGUGUGCAGUCAGUGGUGCCUGCACCUGGGCUAAGCUAGCCAAGCUGCCAAAUCCUGCCCGUGCUUUAGCACUGACAUUGUUAUGGGGGUAAUAAAAUGAACCAGUGCAAUCUUGGCAUUGAUCACUUGAUGCAUAUGUAUGUGAACAAUGGAGUGAUUACAUACAGGACUCCUGUGGCACUCUGGAAGGAGCCAGUCACACAAGUUCACUGCAGUUGUCAUUCUUCACAACCACCAAGAGAGCACAGCUCCCACCCCCAACCCACUCCUUCAGUUUUCAGGUCCUAAUCCAGUAAGUGACACAUUUCAGUAACAGUACCCUGGGCUGUGCACAAUCUAUGUUGACACUGUACCUCACUUGUCCCAAGGAAUUGGCUUUGAGGAUGAAAGACACUGGCCAUCCUGUGUUCUCAUUGCAUCUUAAGAGACCUGCAGCUGAGACAUUUACCUGUGGUGCAGUCUUAUCACCCUCUGCUGUGGCUUGCUGCUGCUCCUCGGCUGGCUGUUGCAUCUGCCUCUCCUCUAUCUGUCUUUGGCAUCGUAGCAGGACAACCACCGUGACAAGCAUACCAUCUGUGGCUGGAUUCAUCACCAUUGCUGGCACUGACCUGUGUUGGCAGAUUAGGAGCAGCUUAAGCUCUUAGCUCUGAGAAGAGUCGAUGCUGGCAUACCCUGCAGAUGAUGGCUGCCCGCAUUCCUUCAUACAAAAGGACAGUGCAGCGCCUGGAUGAGGAGGGCCAUAUAUUGAGUUAUCGCAGCUCUUUGAGAUAGGCGCUUGCUUGGUCGAGGAACUCCACUGGCUGAGUAACAAACACACAGCAGUAUAGUGGGAAUGCUCCAUGACUUCUGAAUUCUUGGCAUUCCAGUUCCAUAUCAACUGUGGAAGUUAAGAUUGCGUGCAAAAUCCUGUCAUAAUACUUAGUGCAGAUGGAGAGGAAUUGUUACCUGCCAAAUGGCUUCCUUAAGUUGCACGAGAAUUGUUGGUUUUUGUCUGUGACCCAUAUCAGCCUCCAAGUCAGUUGUGAUUUACUCCAUUGAAAUAUCUGCCCCUUUGAGGCCCAGUGACUUGGUGGAUGUCGCUUGUGACUAGCAUUUGCACCAUAUGUGCACUGUAUGCAAAUCCCAUGCACAAUGAUAUGAUUAUAAAUGAUAUGAAGCUGCAAGAGCAUAAUUGAUGCAAUUACCCCUUCAGUGACCUUCGUCCAAGUUGACACAGACUCUGCCCAUGCUAGGCGUUGUCUUUAGCAUUUUCCAGUUGCAGAUCACUUCUGCUAAUUGGAAGGUGGUGAUAACAAACUCAGCUCAUGGUGGAUACCCUCACCACCAGGUUCGGCCUGGUGUUGUCAGGUAUACCCCCACCCCCACAAUAGAACUUCCAGGCAUUGUUUUAUCUUGCAGCACCUUGUCAAUCUGUUUCUAGUGAUUCUGUUCUUUCACCCAUACAUGUGAAUAUGCACACCCUGCCCCAUGUGGACAUCUACCACAUUGGACUCCAUCUUCAGUUUUUCCUUGCGUCUCCUUGGCCGCAAUGUUACAGUUUGAUGCUCACUGUGGUGGUGUCUGCUCUCUCCAUGUAGGCCAUGGUGGCAAUUACUGCAUAUUACCACCAACACCUCACCUAUAAUCUUCCAUUCUGUACCAGCUAACGCCUUAUGCCUCAGGCUUCCACUCCCUUAUCAUUCUUGUCCCCAUCUUCAGUUCAUGUCCCGGUCCAGCCUGAGUUUGGUGCUUUUCCUUGCAUGCAAAAGUGUCUUUGGAGCACCACACAGUGCAGCUUUAAAGUGGAAAAAUCUACUGUAAAUCUGGGCUUGACAGCUAUCGGACACCACUGGAUGUAUGGGGUGUGAUCAGCCCAUGGAGCAAACCCUGAAAUGUUGAUGUCAGGUGUCCAAACUGGCUGUCUGGAGGAGCAACCAGAGUGCUACCCUCUUUAGUUUAGUCAUGGCGGGCUAUAUGAUAGUGAACUGCAUAUUAAUGAGGCCAGAUGUGCAGUUAAUGACGGUGAAACAAGCAAUGUUCCCCAUUAAUAGGCAUCUCACCACUACCUAGUGGGAAUCUCGUCUCCAUGCUUGGAACCCUCUUGGAAAAUGCAAUUAGUUGCUCUCUGCUCAAGAAAGACCUUGCUGAAAUUUGUUGUUCUUCCAGGUUGCGGACAGUAGCUUGUGUGUCUAAUAGGCACUGAUAAAAAUUCCGCCUUGGGUUUUCUCAUCCUCAUUCGAUCGUUUCAGAAGUUACUGAAGCCUCUAGUUCACUUCUCUCCCCAAGUUUAUUCAGAUUGGGAGCUGAGGAAGCAGGAAUGUAUUGACAACUUCCUGUCCUGUUGCUGGUUCAAUUGUGUUGUCCAGUACUUUUUGGUUCUCCUUGGUUUUGAAGCCAAGUUGGUGUUCAUCUUGUGAAUCACCACAACCGUAUUUUGUCUGACUACCAUUUGAUUGUGAUGUGUAAAGUACUAUAGACACUUUAUCAGCGUAAAAUGUUCUGCUGAAAAGUCAGUGGAUAAAUACAGGCAUCGACCUUCGUUAUUCUUGAUACUGAGCUUCCAUCCAUUCAAGUGAUUUGGAGAGGAUAUACCAGAGGGAACUGUGUACAUAACUGCACUCUUAAUUUGUGGGAUGAGGAUGUUCAGCUUUUACCUGAUUGAAUGUCUUUACAGACUGGCAUGUUUUGAAUAAUUGGGACUAAAAAUGGAUUUUGUUGCAUCCUGCACAAUGGAUCCCAUGUAAUUCUGAUGCUAUGUAUUAAUGGCACAAAAGGAAACCACUUUUUCCGCCUUUCCUUGCAGAUAUUAUCCGGUCGCUAUGGAUGCCACUUCUAAUAGAAUAUUAAAACCACAGGGUGACAGGGUAAAUCUUCCUUCCUGUCUGUUCUACUUUAACUCUAUUUUAACUUAUUGGCCUCUUGCUUCUUCCCCACCCAAAAAAAAAAGCAGUUUGGUGAUUACAAUAACAAAAUGACAGCACAUUCCUUUCAGUUGUGUACUGACACACCUCAUGCUGUCCUAUUUAAGUGUUCUAGCAAUGUUGUUCCUUUUUUUUCUUUCUCCUCCCUUCCUCCUGUGUAUUCUCUUCAGCAUCCUGCAGGUCAGCACACACCACCAUCCCAGCACAGCAAAUGCAUGUUUCAGACAGUGGAAUUGCUGACCUGAUGAGGGCAGCCUAGUCCCCCUGAAACCACCAAGUAUAUUGUCAGAAGUUGUAAUUUGUUGUUGGGAAUGUUUAAAGUUUAAUAUUGAAGAAAUUAAGCAAAAUCUGGUUAUAUUCCCUUCAAAGUUUCCAUAAGUACAGACACUGUAUUUUAAAAAAUGAUGUUUUAUUGCUUAGUAUUUGCAAACCAUGACAUCCAAUGUAAUGGUAAAGGAAUAACUUUCAAUUGCAGGAGCAAGUCAUUUGCAUUUAAAUAAUCUCCAGUGUAAGUUCCAGUAACUACAAAUUAAAAUUACUAUUUUAUAUGCUCUGUGGUAACCAUGGGAGCAAGAGGCUGACUAGCACCUUACCUUAAACACUAAAAUGUUAAUUGGCUAGCCAUAGGAUCAACUGAGUGAUUUUCAUAAUUGUAGACACUAAUUUGUAAAAAAAAAGUUGUUAAUCUUUUUGCCUCAAAAUGAUUUUAGUUAAUUUUGAAGAAUUUCACUACUGAAAAAUGCAGUGAUAACAAAAGUAUUGACCCCAUUCAGAGAGUUCUGAAAAAGACAAACUGCUAUAGAAGAGAUUUGUUUUUAGUUUGUUGUGGCUGUCUUCAUGCUGAGAUUAUUUUGGUUCCAUAAUUGUCCCCUUCAGGCUUAAUUAUUUCCAGAAAUCAUUUGAAAAGCAUUCAGUUAAGUUGUGAAUUAACCCCUUUUGGACAAGGUUACUUUAUGAACAUGCCUCCUUCUGCUUAAGGCAAGCAGACUUGUGUUUUAUUGAAACUUUGGCAAGUGAUCUGAUUGAGGUGGUAAAGAGAUGGCAGUUUAUGCAGCCCACGUGUGAAAAUUUUCCCUGUAUGCAAAAAAAACCCCUGUAACAGAAGCACUGCUCACCUUCAACGUUUGUGUUGUGAGUGCAGUCAUUUGAUUCAUAAUCAGUAUAUAUGAUCAUUUCAAAAUGUCAAAGACAGGCAAACAACCAGUGGAACUUGGCAAACUUGAAUUAUAAGUUGUAGUUAAAUCAGAAAUUGUAUUUUUAAUAUUUUUAAUAUUCCAGGCUGUUAUUCUGGAGUAGUUUUGUAAUGUCAACCUUCACAUGGGCAAUUAUACGAACGGUAUCAAUACACUGAUUAUGAAAAGCAACCAUUUGAACUGUGGUAGCUGCAAUUGUAAAUUUAGCAUCCUUUUGACAUGAGGGUUUUAAAAGACUCUUGAAUCCUUGAACUUUGAAAAGAACUAAAAUAAUUCUUUGUCAAAAUGCUCUUCAGUAAAGUGCAGUGUGUGUGUAAAUUGCACUAGUCAGAGAUUGCUGUAAUCAGGGACGAAAUGUAAAACGGUAAGCUUCAAAGUUUAAAAAAAUUCCUGACAUGAAAGAAUUGAGGGGAAGAAGCUAAAAGGGACAUCUUUGCAAUUCCUGAAGACUUCACUGGAGGAUAUCAGAAAUUGGGAAAUGGGGUAUGUAUCGCCUGAAUUAUUGGAGUAUCUAAUGGUCAGGUAACCAGACCAUUGAACAUGUUGUCGAGAUAUGUUCUCAAGUUGUUACAGAUUUGCAGGUUUUAAUGUGUAGAUCCCCAAACUGUCCCUCUUUUUUGUUUUCUGAUUUCUUUAGUAGAAUUUACAACUGGUAAUUUUGUGGUUGUGACACACUUUCAUAUAUGCACAAAGUUCUUUUUUUUCCAUGCUUUUGAGACAUAUUAUGUUAUCUGUCUAAUAUUCUCAAUCAUUUAUCAAAUCCCUCCUUGGAUUGUCUGAAGAGGUGCUAACCUGUGCACCUUAUUUUUAAGGCUUCUCCUGCUCGAUAUCAAGACGAAUGCCAGCUACUCUCAUGUUUAAUAAAAGUACUUUUUUCUUAUUAAAUUGAAAUUACAAAAUAAAGGUGACUAAUUGUUAAUUAAGUCCCCUGUAUACAUGUUAGAUAUUAAUCUUAAAACCAUUCUAAAAAGUUCUAAUUUUGUAGGCCAGCAAUUCUGGAUAAUGCUAACCAGUAAAAUCUGGAGUCGGUUGCCUGCAUUCUUCUUUAUUUUCCAACUGGCAACAGUUAUGUUCCUGUUGGCAGAUGAGAACAGUUGCCAAUAUUGCGAAUGAAAACUUGUGAUAGUGUUUGAUUCAACAUUAAGGAAUAAAGUCUGUUUUUACAAGAACUGGUAAUUAUCUUUCCCCCCUCCCAAAAAUCCAUAACUGGCUUGCUGAUUUUGGCUCAUUGAUUUCUGACCAUGUUCCUCACUGUUGGAAUCCCUACUGUGAAUGUUUGCAGGCAGCAGUCUCUGCGUUUUGCUCUCAAAUAUUGAUCACUAAUUUGUGAAAUGUUUUUCUCUCAAACUUUUUUUGUGCAGUGAUUAUCUUAACAUUUUUUUAUUUUAAAAAUGCAGUCUAGAAAUGCUUUUGACUUCUAGAAUGAGAAUCUCAAAUGUUAUUGAUUUGCAAAUUUUGUAAGUACUGUAGAUGUAAGAAAAUAAUUGGUGUUCCCUGUCUGUAGUGGCGGAAUGAAGGGGUUUGUUAAAACUGUUCCAAGAGUUGUACCAUCUUGGUAUGGAAGCUUGAAAUUGUAACCCUGAAUCUGCUUGAGACCCGGUUCUCAAAUCCAUCUGAACAGGGGAAUUCACGAGAGGAACAAAGUGAAGAAAUCUCUCUAGACCUGCUGAAUAAACAGGACUUGGUAUGGUGAGCACAAGAAAUGUUGUGAAAUGCAAGCAUUUACAGUUUAAGAUUUUGUAAUGUUUGGUUGGUUUGCUGUUGAAUCACUUUAUUCUUUUGUAAUUUUUUUUUCCCCUUCCUCCUCUACCUGAUCCUCCAGACAGCUUAUUCCUGUUGGCUGCAAUUCUUUUCCGUGUUUGUAACAAUUCCAUAUCUUCCCAUGCAAUGCUUCUUUCAAUAUGUGAGCCUGCAUAUUGAAGGCUGGCCAGUGUGGGAAUGAAAGGCCUCAACCCAAUCCUUGUUCCUACCUAUAGUACCGCCAUUUGUACCAAUGAAGUGCAGAAGGCAUUCUGGCUGAUUUAUUUAUCUCUCUGCCUAUUAACCUUCACAACUUGAAGCCAGGAACACUAAAGAUAACAUAAAUGUUAUGUCUGUGUUCAACCAACUUGGGUUAGACCAAACAUCCAGCCUUCCUCACCUAUGUAAUCUCCCAGGGUGAGCAAUGGGAGAAAUGGCAUUGUGUAAAAAAAAAAAAAUACUUUCAGAAAGCAAGUAAUGUCCUAUAUCUUUAAAGAAACCAUCUUGAAAGCUGAAUUACCUCUCAAUGCUUGAAGAUUGUGAGGGGAUCCUUCACAAAAGCUGGUUGAAGGAAAAACUGACAAUUUGCAAUCUUGUCAUUGUUUGGAUCAAGACAAAGCUGAACUCUUUAAAUACAAAGACUUUUGUCAAACCUCUCCAAAUUGAAACAGGACAUUUAUUAUAAUAAAUCUAGAAAUUCAAUUUUGUGUGUCCCAGUCCAUCUCAACAAUCCAACUGUUUAGUUGGAAAACCAUCGACAUUGAAUAAGUCAGUUUAUCUUUCACCUCAUGUAAUACAAACUACACUCCAGGUCUGUAGUAAUAAAUCUAUAGAAAAGCAUAUUCAUCACACCAAAAACAAAAUUACCUUAAUUUUUUUCAGAAAUCAAUUAAAAGCAUACUUCUGUGAGAACAUUUUGCACAGGCUUGCUUUGAGAGCAUUUGUGUGUGUUCUUUGCACAUUCUUGCUGUCCCCUCCUCCAACACCAGGCUCCACCUGCCACAGCAAUGGAAAUCUCAAACUCACUGAGCAAUACAACAGGAAAUUUAAUCUAAACUUUGCACCCAAGUUUUGCAUUUUAAGGUCACUUGUCACCUUUGACAGUCCAGGACUGAGGAAAAGUUGCAGUCAGGGAUGUCAUCUUUUAGAUGAGAUGUUAAACCAAAGCCCUUUCUUUUCUGAGGUGGCUAGACUUUGAAAGUACUUGGUUGUAAAGGAUUUUGGGGCAUCUUGAGACCAUGAAAAGUGCCGAAUAAAUGCAAGUUCUCUUUGUAGACUGCAACAAGGAAAAGCAUUCCGUUUUGAUUGAAUUCCUUGACAGAUACGUUUCUAAGUACUAAUGCUCAUUCUUUUCCUUUGCUCUACUUUGCCUUUUUCACAUCUGUAAAGCAGAACAACCAAACACAAAAUCAUACUUUUAACUGUGACACAACUGCAGAAACCAUUCUGCACCACAAUAAACAUAAGACCUCGAACUUGUCUUAACAAAUUUUUCAAGAUUUGAAAGAAUGUUUCAUGUUCCUGAACCCUUCUCUCAGCUACAGAUGAAAAGGGUGGAUCAGUAUGCAAAAAGGAGAAUUUGUUGAGAUUAGCCUGACCUGCUGCAGGUUUGUGAAAAUGUGAGUUUUUAUUUUUAAAUGACGCUGUAAAAUGUCUAUGAGCCAUUUCAACACAUUUGCACCUUUUGAGUUCUAUGAAAGAUUGUAUUGGUAGAGCUGCCUUACUGAAAAUGGCACUGUUGGGACUGUUACCUCCAGCAAGAUGACUGUUAAAUUCUGGGACUGUUUCUAGACUUGGCCAAGAUAUAAUGUGUUCAAUAAAAGUAACACACUUGUACUGUU